AUGCCAUGUCUGUCCGGGGUCAAUCCCAUCAGGAGCAACCACGCUCUUGCUCCUGGUCAUACUCUCCAUCUCGCUCGCGGGCUCGUCAGAUGGUACAACAAUAGUACCGACAUUGGUGCCAGUGGCGGCGGCAGUCGAAUGGCAUUGAGAUGGGUCUCAGGCUCUAGGUCGUCAGUCCGUCAACUGACCACGUCAACCGUCGCAGGGCAAGGUGAACGACCAGGAAGGGGACCCCUUCGAGAUGUCCCCGUACUGCCGUCCUGGGAUUCUCAGGUCUUCGGGCAGGCCUUCAAGGAGGGUCUACCUGUACGACUGCCGCGAUCUAGAGAACAUCUCCCGCAUGCGUGCUCCAAGUGGUUCAUCCAUGACGGGAAUCCGGCGUUCGAUCUCUUUGGGACGAAGCCACGUGGGGAGAAGCCCGAUACCAUUACGAGUGCGAAUGCCACGUCCAACAUCAGUGCCGACCCCGAUACAGAUUCCCGCACAGUCAACGUGCCCAAAUCAUCUGAACUACGCCCCUCCUUCUGGCAGGGAUACAAGUCCACGAUCGUGGCCCUCGAAGUGACGACGAGGCAGACCGGUUCCGACUCGGAGCACUUCGAACGCCUCGAAGGCCCCUUGGAGGUUCUGCUCGCCUACCUUUCAGCGCCACAGACACCUGCUGCCCCAGAAGUCGAGCAGCAGCAGCAGCAGCAGCAGCAGCAGCAUGGACCCCCAAACCUAUCAAUCUAUCUGGCGCAGAGCGACUUAUCGACCCUUCCAGCCACACUGCAAGAAGACGUCCCCAUCCCGACACUGCUGCGCUCACACACGAGGACAGGGAGCACGGUUAUCAAAGGCGACAUCUACGCCUCAUCCCUCUGGAUGGGCCGGCCCCCAACAUACACGCCCCUCCACCGCGACCCGAACCCCAACCUCUUCAUCCAACUUGCCGGCCAGAAAACGAUCCGACUUUUGCCACCUGAGCUCGGCGACGCAAUGUACCAUGAUGUGAUGAGCACGGUGGGCGCAUCGUCAUCACCAUUCUCAACCACGAUCCGCGGCGCCGAGAUGAUGGUCACCAGCCCCGAGACGAGAGCUCUCCACGACUGUAUCUGGGAUGGACGCCAGUACGCCGACCUCCUGCAGGAACAUUGUCGAGAGACGACUCUCGGCCUGGGCGAGGCCCUGUUCACGCCCAAGGGGUGGUGGCAUAGCGUCAAGGGCGUUGGGGCAGGGGUCACGGCUAGUGUGAAUUGGUGGUUUCGCUGA